ACAGGCAGCUGCGCCGCGGUCGCGCAGCUGGGGAGCGAGCGCAAACUGUCCGCGGCGUUCAUCCGACCGUGCUUCCGUCCGUGGGCCCUGUCAGCAGGCACUCGCACUGCCCGGCAGCUCUGGCCUGCCGUCCCGUCCGUGCAGCGGACCGAGAGAAGCUUGGUGUUGAUGGACCCACGAAGUUAAGUUCUGGGCUCGCGUUUCCUUCCCCUCCGCGUUCCUGCCUCCCUUCCGUCCGCUCCCGGCAGCGACCAAAUCUCGGACCGGCUUUUGGCUCCCCUCCCCCGCCGCCACCCGGUGCUGCGCUCUCCCCUUCUUCGCUUUCUUGCGGCGGGGGAGGGGCAGGGGUCACCAUGGCCGAAGCGCCCCAGGUGGUGGAGAUCGACCCGGACUUCGAGCCGCUACCGCGGCCCCGCUCGUGCACCUGGCCGCUGCCCAGGCCAGAGUUUAGCCAGUCCAACUCGGCUACUUCCAGCCCGGCACCGUCGGGCGGCGGGGCCGCCAAUCUCGACGCCGCGGCGGGCCUGUCCUCGGGCUCGGCGGCUGCUGUCAGCGCUGACUUCAUGAACAACCUGAGUCUGCUGGAGGAGAGCGAUGAUUUCCCGCCCGCGCCCGGCUCGGUGGCGGCGGCGGCUGCUGCGGCGGCGGCGGUGGCGGCAGCAGCCGCUGCCGCCACUGGGGGACUAUGUGGGGACUUCCAGGGUCCGGAGACCAGUUGCCUGCACCCGGCACCGCCGCAGCCUGCGGCACCCGGGCCGCUGCCGCAGCACCCGCCUGUACCCCCUGCUGCCGCCGGGCCGCUCGCGGGGCAGCCUCGCAAGAGCAGCUCGUCCCGCCGCAACGCGUGGGGCAACCUGUCUUACGCCGAUCUCAUCACCAAGGCCAUCGAGAGUUCGGCCGAGAAGCGGCUCACGUUGUCGCAGAUCUACGAGUGGAUGGUCAAGAGCGUGCCCUACUUCAAGGAUAAGGGCGACAGCAAUAGCUCCGCGGGUUGGAAGAACUCAAUUCGUCAUAAUCUGUCCCUACACAGCAAGUUCAUCCGCGUGCAGAAUGAAGGAACUGGAAAAAGUUCUUGGUGGAUGCUGAAUCCAGAGGGAGGCAAGAGCGGAAAAUCCCCCAGGAGAAGAGCUGCUUCCAUGGACAACAACAGUAAAUUUGCUAAGAGUCGCGGCCGAGCUGCCAAGAAAAAGGCAUCCCUCCAAUCUGGCCAAGAGAGUGCUGGGGACAGCCCCAGCUCUCAGUACUCCAAAUGGCCUGCUAGCCCCGGCUCUCACAGCAACGAUGACUUUGAUAACUGGAGUACAUUUCGCCCCCGAACUAGCUCAAAUGCUAGUACUAUUAGUGGGAGACUUUCUCCAAUUAUGACCCAACAGGAUGACCUUGGUGAUGGGGACGUGCACUCUAUGGUGUACCCACCAUCUGCUGCCAAGAUGGCUUCAACUCUGCCCAGCCUGUCUGAAAUAAGCAAUCCUGAAAACAUGGAAAACCUUUUGGAUAAUCUCAAUCUCCUCUCCUCACCAACAUCAUUAACUGUUUCGACCCAGUCUUCACCUGGCAUGAUGCAGCAGACACCAUGCUACUCAUUUGCACCUCCAAACACCAGUCUAAAUUCACCCAGUCCAAACUACCAAAAAUAUACUUAUGGCCAAUCCAGCAUGAGCCCUUUGCCCCAGAUGCCUAUGCAAACACUGCAGGACAACAAAUCGAGUUAUGGAGGCAUGAGUCAAUAUAACUGUGCACCAGGACUCUUGAAAGAGUUACUUACUUCUGACUCUCCUCCCCAUAAUGACAUCAUGACACCAGUGGACACUGGGGUGGCCCAAUCCAAUAGCAGGGUUCUGGGCCAGAAUGUGAUAAUGGACCCUAAUUCAGUCAUGCCAACCUAUGGCAGCCAGGUGUCCCAUAACAAAAUGAUGAACCCCAACUCCCAUUCCCACACCCACCCUGGACAUGCUCAACAGACAUCUGCAGUCAAUGGGCGUGCCUUGCCCCACACUAUAAAUGCCAUGCCUCACACUUUGGGCAUGAAUCGCCUGACCCCAGGGAAGACACCCUUACAAGUGCCUCUGCCUCACCCCAUGCAGAUGAGCGCCCUAGGGGGCUACUCCUCAGUGAGCAGCUGCCAUGGCUAUGGCAGGAUGGGCAUUCUUCACCAGGAGAAGCUCCCGAGUGACUUGGACGGCAUGCUUAUUGAGCGCUUGGACUGUGACAUGGAGUCCAUCAUCCGGAAUGACCUCAUGGAUGGAGAUACUUUGGAUUUUAACUUUGACAAUGUGUUGCCCAACCAAAGCUUCCCACACAGUGUCAAGACAACGACACAUAGCUGGGUGUCAGGCUAAGAGUUAGUUAGCGAGCAGGCUACACUUUAAAGUACUUCAGAUUGUCUGACAGCAGGAACUGAGAGAAGCAGUCCAAAGAUGUCCUUCACCCCUUCUUUUAGUUUUCUUGAUU